CCAACCACGACCCGUUCAGAGGAAGCCCCGCCCCUGGCGGAAGGCGGAAGCGGAAGUGCGGCCUGUGGCGAUCUGAGGCCGAGCGCAGCCGGGUCGGCUGGUUUCGGGGGCACCAUGGGCAGAGGCGGCGGCACCUUCGAGCGGCUCCUAGAUAAAGCUACCAGUCAGCUUCUGCUGGAGACAGACUGGGAAUCCAUCCUGCAGAUCUGUGAUAUGAUUCGUCAGGGAGACACUCAAGCUAAAUACGCAGUCGGUGCUAUCAAGAAGAAAGUCAAUGACAAGAACCCCCAUGUGGCUCUCUAUGCACUAGAGGUCAUGGAGUCUGUGGUCAAGAAUUGUGGCCAGACAGUCCAUGAUGAGGUGGCCAAUAAACAGACUAUGGAGGAGCUGAAGGAACUAUUCAAGAGACAAGUGGAAGUGAACGUUCGCAAUAAGAUCCUGUACCUGAUCCAGGCCUGGGCUCACGCCUUCCGCAAUGAGCCCAAGUACAAGGUGGUGCAGGACACCUACCAGAUCUUGAAGGUGGAAGGUCAUGUGUUCCCAGAAUUCAAGGAGAGCGAUGCCAUGUUUGCUGCAGAAAGGGCUCCUGACUGGGUGGAUGCUGAAGAGUGUCACCGAUGUCGAGUGCAGUUUGGGGUUGUGACCCGCAAGCAUCAUUGCCGGGCCUGUGGGCAGAUCUUCUGUGGAAAGUGCUCCUCCAAGUACUCCACCAUCCCCAAGUUUGGCAUUGAGAAGGAGGUGCGGGUGUGUGAGCCCUGCUACGAGCACCUCAACAAGAAAGCUGAGGGCAAAACUGCUGCCACCACUGAGCUGCCACCCGAGUACCUGACCAGCCCCCUUUCUCAGCAGUCCCAGCUGCCCCCGAAGCGUGACGAGACGGCCCUCCAGGAGGAGGAGGAGCUCCAGCUGGCCAUCGCCCUCUCGCAGUCAGAGGCCGAGGAGAAGGAGAGGAUGAGACAGAAAACCACCUACUCUGUGUACCCAAAGGCUGAGCCAACGCCUGUCACCUCAUCCGCACCCCCAGUCAGCACCCUCUAUUCCUCCCCUGUGAACUCCUCUGCUCCACUGGCUGAGGACAUCGACCCCGAGCUGGCUCGGUACCUGAACCGUAACUACUGGGAGAAGAAGCAGGAGGAGGUUCGCAAGAGCCCCACCCCGUCUGCUCCACUGUCCCUCUCAGAACCAGCUGCCCAGCCUGGGGAAGCUCAUCCCAUGCCGCUCGGUGUCGUGGAGCAGCAGUACCAGAACGGGGAGUCCGAGGAGAACCACGAGCAGUUCCUGAAGGCUCUGCAGAAUGCCGUCACCACCUUCGUCAACCGUAUGAAGAGCAACCACAUGCGGGGCCGCAGCAUCACCAACGACUCAGCCGUGCUCUCCCUCUUCCAGUCCAUCAACAACAUGCAUCCCCAGCUGCUGGAGUUGCUCAACCAGCUGGACGAGCGCAGGCUGUACUAUGAGGGCCUGCAGGACAAGCUGGCACAGAUCCGGGAUGCCCGCGGGGCCCUGAACGCUCUGCGGGAUGAGCACCGCGAGAAGCUGCGCCGGGCGGCCGAGGAGGCAGAGCGCCAGCGCCAAAUCCAGCUGGCACAGAAGUUGGAGAUCAUGAGACAGAAGAAGCAGGAGUACCUGGAGAUGCAGCGGCAGUUGGCCAUCCAGCGGCUGCAGGAGCAGGAAAAGGAGAGGCAGAUGCGCCUGGAGCAGCAAAAGCAGACCAUCCAGAUGAGAGCCCAGAUGCCAGCUUUCUCUCUGCCGUAUGCCCAGCUCCAGGCCAUGCCAGCAGCAGGAGGGGUGAUCUACCAGCCAUCCGGUCCCACCAGCUUCCCAGGCACCUUCAGCCCCGCAGGCUCUGUGGAGGGCUCUCCCAUGCACAGUGUGUACAUGAACCAGCCAGCUCCAGGCAGCACUGGCCCCUACGCACCGAUGCCUGUUACAGGGGCAGAUCCCAACAUGGUGAAUGCCUACGUGUACCAGGCAGGAGCAGGAGGCGGGCAGGCAGCACCGCAAGGGCAGGUGGUUCCCACCACCAACCCAGCCUACUCCUCGUAUCAGCCGACACCGACACAGGGCUACCAGAACGCUGCGUCCCAGUCACAGAGCGUCCCUGCCAUCUCGCAGGCCCCCCAGUCUGGCACCAUGGGCUACAUGGGGAGCCAGGCUGUCUCCAUGGGGUACCAGCCCUACAACAUGCAGGGCCUCAUGUCGACCCUUCCUGGGCAGGAGCCGGCUCUGAGCAGCCUGCCACCCCAGCAGACUUACCUCUCGGGACAGCAGCCCAUGUAUCAGCAGAUGCCGCCCCCUGGAGGGCCCCCCCAGCAGCAGCAGCCGCCUCAGCAGGCCCCGUCGCAGGUACAGCAGGCCCAGGGCAGUGGCGAGGCCCAGCUCAUCUCCUUUGACUGAUCUCGGCGAGGGGGCUGCCCAGUGUAACACUAUUGUCUGCAGGAAUCACUAUGUACUUAACUAGCCAUUUCUGUCUCUUCCCUGCCCCCUUCCCUGUGGAAUGGCCCUACUCAAGGGGAGGGUGGGACCCUGGGGCCCCACCAGCUGGCAUGCACCCUCCUGGCCUGGCAGGGGCCUCCCUGCUGCUCUGGCUCCCUGUGGCUUUUUCCCUGCGCUGUCCCCGCCUGGCUGAAACGAGCCAUGGUUGCUGGAAGUGAAACCCGUCCCCGCCCCGACAGGGAGAACGAAUGGGCGCUUGGCCCUUCACGAAGAGACUUCUGCAAGGCAGAGGCUGCAGCCUGGCUGCUGGGCUUCCCCCCAGGGCUCCGUGGGCAGGAUGGUGACUGGGAGCCAGGCCUGAGAAGAGCUCCAGGAGAGUGAGCAAUAAUGCCACAGGCCAGGGCCUCCCUUCCCUGCUCUGCAGCAGGCGAGAGAUUUAAUCAUGCCCCAAGUACUCGCUGCUGCCUUGACCCCAGAACAAAGCGGGCAAUGAGAUCUGAUGCAGAGCUGCCCCUGUGCACAAAGCUCGGCUUCUGCCACUAUCCCUCUCUGCACAGUGUGCACCAUGGCUGGCUCCUCCUCUGCCCCAGUAGGAGCCUCAGCCCCUCACCACAACUUGCACCCCCCACCCUGAUCCCCUGCCCCUCCAUGGGAGCCUGGCCCUGUGCUUGCAUUCCAUGCUCCUGGGAGCUCAGGCCCUUCCGCAUGCCCUAUGCCCAUAUCCUCCACCCCCUCCUUGGGAGCCUGGCCCUCCCUGCUUUUUGAACACUCAUCUCUCAUACGUAGUGGUGGAGUAGCCAGAAUGGAAACAGUGACAAUAAAAUGUAUUUAAAGAGCUGUU